AUGAGAAAUGCUUAUGAGUAUAUUCAUAUUAAAUAUUUUAGUUAAUCAUAAUGUUAACAAGUUCUUUAGGUUUACAAUAACCCUUAGGGAAUGCUAAAUUAACACAAUUGUUUCCUUGAGUAUGAUAUCCCCAUUUUUAAUAAAAUUCCUAAUACAAAAAAAAUUCAAACUAAACCUAAGGAGAAUAUCUUUGAACAUAAAAUUGGCAACGAUACUGUUUCAACAAAUGAUUCAAAUCAAACUCCUCUAUAUUGUUUAAAUUGGUUGAAGCGUAAAUAUGGGAGAGAUGUAUAAAUUAACAUUCGAUUUAGGACUUUGGUCAAUUAAAAAAACAAUAUGAAAAGCUAUUGUCAAUAUAGCCUGAAUUAAAUAUUAAUUAUCAGAUAGAAAAAGAUUUAAAAAGAACAUAGCUUGCAGAAAAUAAAUUCAAUUAGAUUAAAAAUAUCUUGUUAGCUUAUUCUGUCUUUGAUCUCUCAAUUGGAUAUAUCUAAGGAAUGAAUUAUAUAGUUUCUGUGUUAUAUAUCCACGCAAAAUAGGAAUGGGUCGGAUUUUGGCUAUUUGUUUUACUGAUUCAAUAAAUGGGAAUUAGGGAUAUGUUUUAAAUCUCUCAUAAUUCAUUAAAUAAAUAUUCCAAAAUAUUAGAUUUCUAUAUUUUUAGAUAUCAAUAUCAAUUAUAUUUAAACCUUAAAGAAAAAAAAGUACAAACUCAAUUAUACCUCUAACAAUGGAUUUUAAGUUUAUUAUUGCAAUAAAUACCAUUUGAAUAUUCAUAGAUGUAUCUAGAUGGAUUAUUCAAUAAAGGAUUAUCCUAUUUUUAUACGGUUGCGGUAUCAUUAAUAAAGAUGUUUGAAAAAACCAUUAUUGAAGGUGAAUAAAUAGAAAUAUUGAUGAUUCUUACUUAAAAAUAAAAUGUAAUAAAUUAUAAAAUGUAGAGUUUAUUGAAUUGGGCAUUUAUUCUAUCUAUUGAUUGGGAUAUCGAGAAACAAGAUAUUAAAAUGAUAGAUGAGAGUUUUGAUAGCGAAAACAAUAUUUUUUAAAUAUCAAAAUUGCAAGUUUAUUAAUCAGCAUCACUCACCCACUUUCUUUAAUUUAUCAAAUAAUGA